CAGCACCCUCCGCAACCUGGCUUCUUUUUGCCUUUCUUUUUGCCAGCACUCCAUUUACUCCUGGAACCUCUCAGUGUUUAUAUUUGAUACUAAUCACCUCUGUUUUUUUACUUGAGCCCUUCUUUAUUUUCGAGUCCAGAGCUCACAAUGUGGAUUAUCAACUGGUUCUACGACAUUUUGGCCUCGCUGGGUCUACUCAACAAGCACGCCAAGCUUCUCUUCCUCGGUCUUGAUAAUGCCGGAAAGACGACUUUGUUGCAUAUGUUGAAGAACGAUCGCGUUGCAAUCCUGCAGCCCACCGCGCACCCUACAUCGGAGGAACUCGCCAUCGGAAAUAACCGGUUUACGACGUUCGAUCUUGGUGGUCACCAGCAAGCCCGCCGUCUCUGGAGGGACUACUUCCCCGAAGUCAGCGGUAUUGUCUUCCUGGUCGACUCCUGUGACCACGAGCGGUUCCUCGAGUCCAAGGCCGAGCUGGACGCUCUCCUGUCCAUGGAGGAGCUCACCAAGGUCCCCUUCCUUGUUCUCGGAAACAAGAUCGACCACCCCCGCGCCGUGAGCGAGGAUGAGCUGAGGCAUCAGUUGGGUCUGUACCAGACUACUGGUAAGGGUAAGGUGCCGCUGGAGGGAAUCCGGCCGAUUGAGGUGUUUAUGUGUAGUGUCGUCAUGAGACAGGGAUACGGGGAAGGUAUCAGAUGGCUCUCUCAAUACGUCUAAGCGAUUCCGAUGAUUUCCUCCCCUGAUACCAUACCGUGCCAUAUAUCCUAACCUUCCAUACUCUCAACCCAACAAAAUAAGCCAAGCCAAGCCAAGCCAAUAUACAACGUACGACGUACGCUGUACGUAACCCCCGCAGUUUUCAACAGCGUUCUCGAGAUUCUCGUUUCCUGAGGGGGGGGGG